CUCUAACAAUUUUUUAUUUCUUAAUAGUCAAAGUCAGCUGUUCAUGUAUAAGGUUAACUUGCAUCUAAAAUGAGACUUCAGAACUAUGUUUACUGACAAAUCUUAAUUGAACUGUCAUUUGCAUUUGUAUCCAAAUUGGCUCAUAAUUUUUUGGCACUGGAAGAAAGUGGUAUACAAGCAAGAACCCAAUGUUAUGACAGUGGGCUAGUUAUAACAUUGUCUGCAUCAACAUUUUAAGCAUGGUGGCAUGAUUUCGUGAUAGACACGAUUAAACAUAUAUUCGUUUAAAAAUCGUGUUGCAAGAGCUAAUUUUCCUAAUCUGAUCGGAUGACAAAAGAAGAAACGGUGCAGAGUAUUCAUAUGUAUUGCGUGUACAAACAUGAUUCUUCCUGUAGAUGGCAGUAAUAAGAGUUUCAUGGUUCGAUCCGCCAGCGACUAAAUGCAAUGAAAAAAUAUUGAUUGCAAGUCGCGGAAUCAAAGUCAAUAGAUCUUACAUUUUUAUGUGUUUUUGGUUUUCGUAUAUUAAAAAGCCACAUGUGAAAUGAACGAUAAAUAUUCUGAGACCACAACCCCAGCAAGAAAAGGUAACUUGACCGGAAGCGCCAGAAAAUUGAAGGACAAUGCCGCAGACUGGCAUAACCUUAUCCUGAAGUGGGACCGCCUGAAUGAGGAGGGAUCUUCUGUCGCAGCCAAAAUUGUUAACUCCAAAAUAAGCAAAGACUUUCUCAGUUUCAUCCUCUCGUAUGGUAUUUGGAACAGGUCUUUAAAGGAGCAUGAUGUGUUGAUGGAGGGGGAUCAUUUAUCUGUAGCUCCUUCAUUAGUGCAUCAGAACAGCCAAGAGCUACAGGCUGAAUGCACCAAUCUACAGAAUAUUGUCAACAAAAUGGCCCACAUUCUGUCAAAAAUGGAAAAAAUGGUCUCUGCUGGAAGGGGGAUGUGUGAACUGGAGAAAUUUCAGUAUGGAGCAAAAGGCAGACCAGCACCACUCUUUCAAACGUGGUCUAUGCAACAGUUUGCUGAAGUGUCUUCCAGACUAUAUGAUGUUUACAAGCAGGAGUUGGCCCUCAAGCAAACCAUACUACAGGAACUGGCUCACACAACUAACAUGGAUCUCUCUAUGGUCUACCUCUCUUCUUGGCUGUAUCAGCCUUAUAUUGAGGACUCCUCUAAACUGCUGUUGGAGAGCUUACUGAUAGAGACAGGCCACAGAGCACUGUGACUGUCAUUUUGCAGAAGUGUUUCAUGUCUGGGUUUUUUUCUUUUUUGUAAUAAACAGGUAGAAAGUGAGAAUGGGUUUAAUAUGGAAUUGGGAUAGGUUAGAAGUUUUCCAGAAUGCUAAAAGUGCUUAAAGUCCCAAUGGAACAUACUUAAAUGGUAUUUUGGGCACUAGCACAUGCUUCUGUUGUUGCAGUAGUUUAACAAAAUCCUAACCCAGUUCCAAGAAUUUCAGAUUAUGGUAAAGCAUUUACUAAAUGUGUUAUAAAUUAAUAUAUUAAUGUAAGAUGUGAUAUUAAUUUAAUGUGGGUCUGUAAAUGGAAUAAAAGAACAUGGUCAGUUUGUAUCUAAAAGGGCUUGAGUAGCAUGUAAGUAUUUUUUCAACUAAUUUUGAAUAGCAUUUCCUACUACAGAUAUUGCUGUGAAUUAUUUAGUGUCCAUUAAGAAUCACAUUUCCAUUCAGUUAUUGAAUUUUAGACUUAGUAAUAUGUCCAUCUACAACUAACCUAGAUUAUUCUUUUCAGCCUGUUAGGCAUAUAAUGUCAAUGACAAUGUAAGCACUAAUUACACAUUUUUACAAUUGCAAAAUAUUGGGAAUUUAUUUAAAAAUACUUGCUUAUGAAAGAUUUAUGUUUAACUUCACUAACUGGUAUGAGCCUUAAAAAACAUUUUGUCAAUUUCUAUCAAUUUGUCUAACCCUAUAUAUAUAAUGACAUCUUGUAGGAAGUAAAGCUUCAAUUACAAAAGG